UCUCUCCGCCAUACCAUGCCGCGUGCUUGUGUUUAUUUUCUCUCUUUCUCUUCACUCUUCACUACAGUAACUGAGAUCCACACAAACAAAGCAUUUUUGUUGUCUCUUGAGGAUUCACUGAAUUGUAUUGCCAACAACAUUAUUGAACUCAAAUCAAAUUAUUAUGAUGCCAGGGGUAGAAGAAUGUGUAGUUGAAAUGGAGAACUCAGAAGAAGAGAGAAUGAGAAGGUCAAGAAUAAGAAACCUGAAGAAGAAAGCAAUAAAUGCUUCAUGUAGAUUUACUCAUUCGCUUAAGAAAACAAGAGGGAAGAGUAAAAUUGAUUACAGGUUUCCAAUUGAAGAUGUUAGGGAUGCACAAGAGGAAUCAGCUGUGUUUCAAUUGCGUAAUAGAUUGCUUCAUAUGCCUACUAAUCAUGAUCAUUAUCACACACUGUUAAGGUUUUUGAAAGCUAGGGAGUUUAACAUUGACAAGACUAUUCAGAUGUGGGAUGAGAUGGUUUUUUGGAGAAAACAAUUUGGAACUGAUACCAUACUUCAGGAUUUUGAAUUUGAAGAGCUGGAAGAAGUAUUGCAGUAUUACCCCCAAGGGUAUCAUGGAGUUGACAAGGAAGAUCGGCCGGUUUACAUCGAGAGGCUUGGGAAAGCUUAUCCUAGCCGCUUGAUGCGCAUAACCACAAUGGAUCGAUAUUUAAAAUACCAUGUCCAGGAGUUUGAGAGGACUGUACAGGAAAAAUUUCCAGCGUGUUCCAUUGCGUCGAAGAGAUGGAUUUCUUCAACCACAACAAUAUUAGAUGUACAUGGCUUGGGAAUGAAGAAUUUCUCGCCUACAGCUGCAAACCUUUUGGCUGCUAUCACAAAAAUAGAUAACAGUUACUAUCCUGAGACAUUACAUCGAAUGUAUAUCGUCAAUGCUGGUCCCGGAUUUAGGAAGAUGCUUUGGCCCGCAGCUCAGAAGUUUCUUGAUGCCAAAACUAUUGCAAAGAUACAGGUUCUUGAACCCAAGUCUUUAUCUAAAUUACAUGAUAUCAUUGACUCUAGUCAGUUGCCAGAUUUUUUAGGUGGCUCGUGUAAAUGUCCUGGAGAAGGUGGAUGUCUUAGGUCUAACAAGGGUCCAUGGAAUGAUCCUCAUAUAAUGAAGUUGGUUCAUAAUGUGGAGUCAACAUUUGUGAGACAAAUUCCAAAAGUUUCCAAUGAACAACAGAAAAUUGACCAUAUUCAGACACACCGACAAAAGCAGGGAAGAAGCAGUGAUAUGUCGACAGCAGAAUCUGGGUUUCAAAUUAAUGAUUCUUGCUCACCCAUCAGACAAAGGAGACUUACUUAUCCUGGUUUAGCCUCAGUUCAUGAAGAAGUCAGGGUAUCAGAUAGCCACCAUAGUUGUAAUGAUAGUGCUGCAGCAGAAAAAAUGCUCAAAAGUGAUCAAUUUCAAUUUCCUCAGGAACCAUCAUUGCAAAAUGAUGAUAUGGAGAACAUUACUUGUACAGAAGACUCCAAAGGCACUUCGAUCAGAAAUUGGUUCGGCUUUGUUAAGAAAAAAAUGGAGAGAACAAAUUUCUUAUACAUGUCAAGCAUGCUGAUAUAUCUUUUUGAAAGACUAGAUAUAGUUUUCCACAGUUUAAGAUUAGAAUUAUGGAGAACACAGAACAUUGACUCAACUACUGUCGCGGAACAUACCAUCAAUAGCGUUACAGAAGAUGUCGAAUCACCUUCUGAAGAGGAUCAUAUUCUUCCGUGUAUACAACGUCUUCAGAGACUAGAAAAAGCAUUUGAGGAACUUAGACAUAAACCUGCUGAUAUACCUAUUGAGAAAGAGAAAAUGCUUAUGAGCUCUUUAGAUAGGAUUAAAUCUGUCGAGUUCGACCUUGAAAAGACUAAGAGGGUUUUACAAGAUACAGUCAUGAAACAGGUUGAGAUUAGUGAGCUACUGGAGAAUUUGAAGGCAUCAAAAUAUCAACAAAAAAGGUUGUUGAGGAUGAGGAGUUGUUAGACAAAAUGCGAGCUCAUGUACUGAGCACAGAAAGCUAAGGCUGAGGGAUUACACAGUUUAAUUAUUAUGAGUUGCUUUCCAUAUUCCAUAUAGUAUAGUUAUUUUUCCCCUUAAAUCUUUUACCUCAUUUUCAUAGAAAAUGCAAAGCUUUCUGUAUAGUGGGCUGAGAUUAUUAUUAUCAAUUUAGUUUUCGACAGUAUGAGGAGGAAUCAUUCAAUUUAGCGCAAUAAAAACUCAAUUACAAAGUCUUUAUAAUUA